CCAUAUGUUCUGAAAUAUGAACACUGAAAUCCUGGACAUUUUGAACUCUUAUGGUGGUGAAAUUACAAUAUUGGUCUUGAAUUGGACUCACAUCUUUCUGGUCUUGACUGUCUCGAACCCCUUGUCCCGACUCGGUCUCACCCUCCUCCCUCCGCUCUUGCUCUUGACUCUGACUUGAUUUUGCGCCGGUUUUGGUCUUGACUCGGUCUCGCUUUUAGGUGUAACUAACUUUCAUCGGACCACUUCCAUAUGGGUACUUCCUGUUUUGUUUUUGCUUGUAAGCAGGAAUUAGCAGGGUAGUAAUGGCCAGAUGAGGGAGAGCUUUGUAUGCAUUUGUGUUAGGGGUGCACGAUAUAUCGAUGAACAUAUGGGAAUCGGCCGACAUUAGCCAGAAAUGCCAACAUCGGCAUUGGCCCAAUGUCUAGUUUAACGCCGAUUUGCAAAACCGAUGUCAAAGCUAACGUGCGCACCUAUAUGACGCCACGUUAAAGUUUGCCCUACACGUGCAACACAGCAUUCCUAACCUAGCCCACAAUGUCUGCUGUGUGGACCGAGCAGUCAACAAGUCCAGCAGUCAUUUGAAAGAGUAAGAACAUUUCAGAGAGACAACUCAAAGGUGAAAUCCAUUAAAGCCAAGAUAAUGGAAUUCAUUGCCCUUGACAAUCAACCGUUCUCUGUCGUGGCUGACGUUGGCUUUCGCCGACUGGUCGAGCACCCUUACACACUACCAAGUAGUCGCUAUUUUUCAGAUGUUGCCCUACUGGAGUUACACAGUAAUAGCAUCACUGCUAUUAGCUUCACGACUGACAUUUGGACCAGCGAUGUCCGCCCCAUGAGCAUGAUGAGUCUGACAGCACAGUGGGUCGUCGAGGAUUUCGUACUGAGGGAAGUCGUAUUGCAUUCUCAUGAAUGUGCUGGUUCUCAUACCGCUGCUGCCAUUUCAAUGGCGGUAUUUGAGAACAUGUUGGAAACAUGAACACACUACCUGACUCCAUUCGAACAACUGACUGGAGAAAUAAGCUCAUCAACUGCGUCUGCAGCAGACGGGAUACCCCUCUGUCGUGGCAUUGAAACGCCUGCUCAACAAACCUGCCGACGCAGGCUGUGAACAAGCAAUUCAGGGGCAUUCUCUCUCUACUGUGUAGCCACCGUGUUCGACGCUAGGUACAAGGACGAUGCAGACAAGAAACAGGGUUUACGUGAAAGGUUACAGACACAGCUGGACAAGAUGGAAACGGACACAGUGACAGUGCGCAGCGAAGAAGAGAGGCCACGGACAGACAGAGCGGAAACUUCACUGCUUGACAUGUUUGAUGAAAUCCUGGUUGAGAACGAAACGACUGAACAAAUAAACAACGAAACUGCACAGCAACAGAAUGCCCAAAUCAAGGGAAGUGGUGUCAUCCACAUCUGGCAGUGACUCUGACAGUGAGGUGGAGAAGACCAAGGCCAAGAGAAAGAUGUCCAGUGCUCCACCAGAGAAGCCGGAGGCCAAGAAACCGAAGCUGAGUGGAGAGGGCUCUAGACCUGGCGCAGGAGGGUCCUCUAAGGCCGCAGACAGCAAAACGGAGGAUGGCAUGUUUCAGAUUGGGAGAAUGCGAUACGUCAGCGUGAGGGAGUUCAAAGGGAAGUGUCUAGUUGACAUACGAGAGUACUGGAUGAACCAGGACGGUGAAAUGAAGCCCGGCAAAAAAGGCAUCUCCUUAAACCCGGAGCAGUGGACCCAGCUGAAGGAUCAGAUGUCAGCGAUCGACGACGCCAUCAAGAGAACAUGAUGACCGUUCCCGGGGUGCUGACAGUCCAGCUUGUCUAUCUAGUGAUCUUGGAUGUCGCCACUGACGUUUAGUAUGAGUCCCACAUGGAACCCUAUUCCCUAUAUAGUGCACUACUUUAGACCAGAGCCCUAUUCCCUAUAUAGUGCACUACUUUAGACCAGAGCCCUAUUCCCUAUAUAGUGCACUACUUUAGACCAGAGCCCUAUUCCCUAUAUAGUGCACUACUUUAGACCAGAGCCCUAUUCCCUAUAUAGUGCACUACUUUAGACCAAGGCCCUAUUGGGAAUAGGGUGCACUACUUUAGACCAUGGCCCUAUUGGGAAUAGGGUGCACUACUUUAGACCAAGGCCCUAUAGGGAAUAGGGUGCACUACUUUAGACCAGGGUCCUAUAGGGAAUAGGGUGCACUACUUUAGACCAGGGUCCUAUAGGGAAUAGGGUGCACUACUUUAGACCAGGGUCCUAUAGGGAAUAGGGUGCACUACUUUAGACCAAGGCCCUAUAGGGAAUAGGGUGCACUACUUUAGACCAGGGUCCUAUAGGGAAUAGGGUGCACUACUUUAGACCAGGGUCCUAUAGGGAAUAGGGUGCACUACUUUAGACCAGGGUCCUAUAGGGAAUAGGGUGCACUACUUUAGACCAGGGUCCUAUAGGGAAUAGGGUGCCAUUUGGACUUUCACAAAACCUUUUUUUUUUAUGCCAAAAAUAAGUGUAAGGACUGAAUUAUUUUAUAAUUCUACGUUUGCUGUUCUGUUGAAUUAGUUAUUUUGCAUGUGCUGUUUUAGUUUGUUCGGUGCAAGAAUUCCGUUGUGUUUUGAACUAUGAAGAUAAUGUGUGUUUUUGAUUGUGAUCGGUAUUUGGUUGGUAUGGUUAUAUGAUGAAGACUUUGAAUAAUUGACCUUUUUUUUUGUAUGAAAAUGAUUUAAAAGCCAUGUAAAGUUCUCAAAUUA